AUCCACUCGCAGCUGCGUCGACGACGGAGCUACCAACACAGCGCUCUCACUGACUGCCUCAGCCAAGAGAAUACGAGCGAGCUCAAGAGAGAUAGAGAUAUUUCUAUCAUCAGCCCUGCGAGAGAGAUAUAUAGAAAAAGAUAUAUUUCAGCACGCUUUUAUAGUGAAUCUGUUAAAUCUUGUGCACGUAUACUUUUAUAUUUUGAUAUCGUCUACAUUGGGAACUUUGCUUUUAUAUACAUUCAAGAAUCAUCGACAGUGAUUUUUUUUUAUUGCGUUCAAGCUCGAUCGGGAACUCUGACGAUUUUUAUCGUCAGGAUAGAAGAGUUGAGAAAGACGCCAGAAGCUUUAUUAUAGCUAGAACAAACUCGGUUGAAGGGAAUUCAACCACAGAAGUAGUAACCAGCGAUUCCCAGUAACGUGUGUGAGUCAGCGGAGAGAGAGAGUGUGAGUCACAACACUCACUCGGGCAACUUGGGAGUGAGCAACCACCCUCCCGUCAAGUCGGUCAGCCACUCACUACCUCGUCUGCGUCGGUGCAACACCGCGGCUCUCACAGUCUCGCAGUAGUAGUAGUAGUAAUACUAGACCCCGUCCCAUCACCUAUAUAACCGCUCCUCCUCCUCCUCCUCUGCCUGACCGAGUGAGAUAGAGAGAGAGUCAAGACGGCUCGUUUAUGAGUUGAACCAGAACCAGGAGAAGAAGAAGAGACCACCAGCCAACCCCGACCCAACCCUUUUUCCGUAACCUUUCCGGACAUUGCGAGCAUAGUGAAAGAGAGAGAGAGAGACUGCAUGUGAGCAGGCAUGGCUUGGAGUGCAGACACCACCUUCCUGGACCUUCAUUCGCUGGUCACCCCAGGUCUUGACAAGUCGUUCAGUCCGCAGACGUUUAGCGGGCGACGCCAGUCACCACAGCCUUCCCCCCAUCUACACCUACACCCCCAGCAGCAGCAGCAGCAACAGCAACAGCAGCAGCAGCAGCAAUUUCUGCAACAGCAGCCCCACCACCAACAGACGCAGUAUCAGAUGUACGAUACGCCCCACCAGGUGGCAUACAACAAGUCCUUCCUGGACGUGCCCUCCUCCUUCGGCGGGGACUACGGCCACCCUUCGCCGGGAGCCGAGUCAGGCUACGGCAGCAGCAACUGCAGCGUUGGCCACCCCUCGCCCCUGAACCACCACCACAGCAUGGAAGGGUCGCCCGCUCCCAUGCGCGCGCCCUCCCGCACGUCCCCGCCCGCGCUCGACACAGACAUCGAAACCAGCUUCAUCACCUCGGCGACGAACACGCUCAACAACUACGGCGCCACCGGCUACGCCGCCUUCGACAGCCAGAACAACAUCUACGACGCCCUGAACACCAGCUACGACACCGUGUACACGGAGCCGUCCUUCGACAGUAGCUUCGGGUCUCCGGCCACCCUGUGCCCUUCGCCCUACGUCGACAGCACCUGUGAUUCCCCCUACAGCGUCUCGGCUUCCAGCACUUACGAGACCCUGCAGCCGCUACCUGACGAAGAGCAGAAACAACUCUGUGUCCCUUCCGAUCCCCGCGUAUGGACAGCACAGGACAUUAAGUCCUGGAUUUCGUGGGCCAAAAAGGAAUUCGAUUUGCCCCCUGCACUCAACUCUGGUCUCCUUCCGAAUUCAGGAUGCGAAUUGUGCAGCCUGACCAGACGCGGAAUCCAGAAGAAGGUCGGCAACAAGACCGGCCACGUCCUGGCCCAGCAUCUCGACUACAUGCUAGGAUGCCACGGCAUGGCACUCCCCAAGGACGAGUUCGAAGACACCUACGACCUGAACGACAAACAGGACGACCAGAUCGAGGGCGACCCCUACGAAAUCCUGGGGCCCCUCUGCCGCAAACUGGCCACCCAGGGCUCGGGCCAGAUCCAGCUGUGGCAGUUCCUCCUGGAAUUGCUGUCGGAGUCCGCCAACGCCGCGGUCAUCACCUGGGAGGGCACCGCCGGCGAGUUCAAGAUCCUGGAGCCCGACGAGGUUGCCAGGAGGUGGGGCGACAGGAAGUCAAAGCCCAACAUGAACUACGACAAGCUGUCCCGCGCCCUCCGCUACUACUACGACCGCAACCUCAUGACCAAGGUCCACGGCAAGAGGUACGCCUACAGGUUCGACUUCAGGGCGCUCGAGCAGCUGCAGCAGACCCAACAGAGCGACUCCCAGUCGCGUCCUCAGCCGGAUCUGGCCCUCCUCAGCGCCGCCCUCAGCUCCGCGUCGGUGUCCUCGCCCUCUCCGUACUGGACCACCCCCGAUUCAGGGACGCCGUCCCCUCGUCCUUGGUAGAAAGGAAAGGCUUCUUUCGAGCUAGGGGCGUCCUCUCCGUGAAGGAGAGAAGGGAUCCUAUAAACUCGAGCUAUGAAAGUCGAUACAAACACAAAAGGAGGUUCAAAUCUCAGGUGACAUGGGUACUCGCGGCCCAGGGAUAGAUGGGCUUCGAUCGGGCAUUGCCACGACGACAUGUAGGAGAUGAAAUCUCCGCUUGACCUUUUUUUAUUCCUAACUCCUCGAAGGAGGUACUGAACUCCCCUAUCAAGACGUAAAAUCAAGAAGAUCGAAGUCCCCAAAACCCGCACGCGAACUUGACGCAAGUGAUAUCUUUGGCCUUAAACGUCUAAUAAUAAUUUAAUAUUUUUUAGUCAUUUUUUUAAAUAUGUAUUUUUGUCUAUAGACUUCGUGCCUCGCAUUCUCAUCCCAUAGAAUGAAAUUCUCUUAAUUCUUGCGAUUCUCUUAAAUCAUCACUGCGACGCUGGCGUCUGUGUAUGUGUAUAUGCGCCCACUCCCUUUUCCCCCAGCCCCGCCCCCUCAAAAGGCGGGGGGGCGGGAUUUGGGUGGGGAUGGGGAGGGGGCCCGUUUUGUGGUGUGGUGUUGGUGCGUCCAAAAUGAUCAUCACUGAUGUCAUUGACGUCAUGUUUGGCGUCUUCCAUAACGUCAUAAAUGAAGUUUCUGUGAUCUCUUUUGUUGUAAUUUUUCAUUUUGUCUUUUUGAUCCGAUCAAAUGGUUGGACGUCGUGUUUUCGACUGUCUAUCCAGGAUCGUCAUGUACAAACUUUUUUUUUUUGGUUUUGUAUAUAAUUGUGAUAUAUUUAUAUAAGAGUUUUUUAAGACUUUUUUUAGAAAUACAAUAAAUCAAUACAUUUCACA